GAAAAAAUGGAGCAGAAGUCUGUCAUAAAUGUACUCCAUGUGCCAAAUGCGGAAAAGAGGAGGCUUAUGGAAGAGGACCCGUUAAGUAUGAGAAUACUAAUGAUAAUCCCAGCGGUAGAUGGGUGUUGGCUUAUUGUAGUGCGGAGUGUUUUAAUGGAAACGAAGAACCUAGUUUGCCAAAAAAAGAACCUCGGGAAGUUGAUAAUUGCAAUUAUUGCGGAAGAUUAACAGAAGUUAAAUUUGGUAAUACUAAUACUGAAAAAACAUUUUGUAGCAGAGAUUGUUAUGUGGCUGCUGGCAACCAAAUACAAAAAGGUAAAUGCCGAAUUGCGGGUUGUUCUCAAGAGGCUUAUUACGAAUGUAUGGAUUUGUGUUUGCCCCAUUCCAAACCAUGUCGAGGAGGUAAAAUAAAGCCUAAUGGAAGGGUAUGCAACGCAGCAAUGGGAGCUGAUGAAGGAGACAUUUGUGAAUUCUGCAAAGAUCAAACUGAAACUUAUCGUCCUAAUCCAGCGACUCCGGCUUCUCAGCCGAUAACUAAUUCAGAAAGUAAAGACAACCAAAGUGAUAGUUCAGUAAAA